UUUACAAAAUGUUCCCUGUAACAGGAACAUAAUAAAAUCAUUCCUCUGACAUCCACAAGUUCCAAAAGUGGGAAACGCUGAGAAAACUAACAAAUCCAUAAUCUCAGACAGUCCCGAGUCAAUCACAGAAAUAAACCAAAGAGAACAAAGCUCUCUGCUGACACUUCAGCGCAUGUCCAGGUGAGAAGGAUCCACCACCCAACUCCACCUAAAACACCGGCGAUGGCCUGCAUAGGACUUUGCAACCUGGAGACAACUCCAGUUACUGAUCCCACCAGCCAAUGGUCUACAUGGCUGUGAUAACCCAGUUUUGACACCAAAUUCUUACCCAGUCGGCCCUAAACUAAGAGACUCCAACAUCUUGUCUACUAGGCCCAAACAGGUGAAUGACUGCCAUAAAGCAGACGUAUUCAAUGUGACAUUAGACAAGGAGUAGGCAGAGACGACCACCAAAUCAGCAGUGGGGUAAAACAGCUCUGGAGAGUCUUCACCACCAAUUUCAUUUGACUGCUGGUCAAACUCCCGAUGACAAUCCAGUAUGAAUAGCGCAGUCUGAGCUCCUUUUUCAGAGUCAAAAGCACAAACACAAUCCUCAAAAUAAGUGCAAAACAAAUGCUCCCCCACUCCAGCCCCUGAUCGAACAUCCCCCGGCCUUCACCCUGUAGAAGUGACAGGAGGUAAAGAAAGGCAUGUGAUCUACAGGCGGUGGAACACUGGGCAUUUCUGUGUGGGCACUAACCUUCACUUCACUGCCAUGGCCAGUUCCCUGACCAUUGCCACCAGCAGUACAAGUGGAAUUCAGCUUAAGUGCAGGCUCCUGGUCAGCCACAAGGAGCUCUCCACUUCCUUGUUCGGAUUCAAAAAGCCAAACACUGCCCGAAAGAUCAACGCGAGUCGACUCAUUUUCAAAUGGCAACUCAGAGCCACCCACAGGUUUAUCUUUAGGACCCAACUCACUCAAUUGGCUGCACCAAUGCUCAGCAUCCCCUGAUCCAAAGAUCCAUAUACUAUCAGAGAGAUCCACAGUGUAUUCAUCAUCCACACAUCUCAUCUCAUCAACGCUAAUUAAGGUGCUACCUUCCGGCAAUGCACCAUCCAUUGAGGAUACCAACAAGGGAUCAGAGCCAUUGGCACACUCCAUGCACACAAUAUCCAGCCUCUCAGUCUCAGGGUCAUCCCCAAACUGUUCUGCCAGGCCUCUGUGCUCUUGUUGUACCUGAGGCAGUUCCUUUUUUAUUGGGCAAUCUCCCUCCCAAGUUGUUGCAUGUACUUCUCAUGUUCAAUCUCUUGAACCGCUUUAGAUUGCUCUGCUAUUAACAUUAUAUCUGGCACCCCAAAAUACAGCAGUACAGCAUUGAUGAUCUUUGUUUUUUUAAUGGUCUCUGACGCCUCUAUGUUGUAAUGAUGGGCCACUUUAAUUAACUGAUCUUUGGGAAGGCUAAAAAGUUUCAACCGUGUGAUGCCUUGAGCAACAAACCCUUCAACAUUGAAGUUAGCCAUACUCACUCAGUCUCUAGAGCAACUUAACAAUCAGACGCAACAAACAAAACGCUGUAAGCGUAAAGUACCCAAAUUUAACAAGGCUGCCCUCAUCAGCCAAACUGAAUCGAACUGCAAUUACCGUGCCCAGCUAGCACAGACAUACAGCCAUUUAAUAGAAUCAGAGCAGGGCUGUGUGAGAUCUGACUGUCAAUCACCGUCUUGGUGCAGUCUGAUGAGAGGGUGCUCGGUGGUAGUGGGGGAGGGGCAUGAGAGUUGUAACAUUCAACAUUUUGGCUAAGUCCCCUCAAUCUGUCAGACUUGCCUACUGCAGCUUUAAGCUGUGACCCCUGAUCUACAUGUAAGGUGUCAAGUCAGGGGUUCCUUUUAUUCGUAAUUAAUAACAAUUUAAGUAUCUUGAUUUUAUUUUUUAAAAUUCAGGGUUUCCUUGGUUAAGGGGGGAAAUGAAGGGGAAGUAAACAAGUAAGGGGUGAAUUCAGUUCCUUUGUCCUUAAUUCGAUCUGCACAUUUCUACUUAAAAAAUACUUUGUUAUAGGGUUAUAUAGGUUAAACCUAAGGGUUUUAAGGUCAAAAGUAAGGGAUGAAAUUAAGGGGUUGUGUUUUGCAGUGUAUGGUAAGUCACUUUGGAUGAAACCAUCUGUUAGGUAACCAUGUUUUUGUGCAGACAGUGUUAUCCAAAGCCAUACAGAGUAAAGACCUUGUUACAGGUAGUUCUACUACUUCAGUCUGAAUAAAAGCGUAACAAAGGCCAUUGGUCUGCAGUGUUGUUGUUGUUGUUGUCGUUACUAGGCAGUGAGCAUCAUUUUGCUUUGUCUGUCCUCUGUCUCCUCAUGAACUCCUCUUUGUUGAUAAUUUGAGUUUCCUCUUGAGCUACUGUCUUCAGCUCUUCUGUCAAAUUAGCUUCAGUUUGUCUGAGACUGGUCGUUCUAGUGUGGUCUUCUCUGGUAGUGUGGCUGACCUUUGACCUUUGACCUGACGGCAUCACUAUUAUACUGGUCACCCGCCGCUGACGCCAGUUGUAGUUGCUGAUCAGCAUGAACAGAAGCGUUGUUAAUAUGAAUACCUUUAUGUGUUUUUCUUUGUGUUUUAACAUGACAGGUUGCAAAGAUACAGACCUGUAAUUAGAUGGCUGCUGUAGUUUUGUCAGAGAGUUUGUUUCCCCCUCAAAAUAAUUUCAGUAAGCAAUAUCUGGGGUAAUGAAUCUUGACUUGUUUGUAGCCCCACUAGGUUACAAGAGAAGCAACAGGAGUUUUGACAUUAUUGGUACUGUAUAGGCCCUAGGGUAUGCCUACAGGCUGUGUCUGCACAAAGAAUCACUCUCGCUUGGCACUGGUCUCUCUUUGACACAAAGACAUUUUUUCUCAUGUUUUAUUCCAUUUAUCUUGUAAAUGUAAACAUAUGCGUGCAGGAAUCUUUUACAUGUGUCAGUGUGUGUGUUCACAGUUGUGUAGAUAGGUUACUUUACUGAUGUUUACUGGUCACUUUAGAUGCAUUUCCUUAUGUCACCGCUAGAGAGGAUUAUUGUUUUGUUAUGAUUGUAGAUGGGGAGUGUCUUAUGCACAACAGGACCAGGAAGCAGUCGCGGUGAAAUUGCAUUGGUUUCUCUCGGAUUGGUUUCUUUUCACUUUACCUGGUCAGGAUUAUAGUGCUUUUUUAAAAAUAACUAUUCUGUUGCGUCGACUGAAAGGCAGCACAUUGGUCUGCGACAGGCCAAUUUGUGUGUGAGAACAAGUUGUCCCUGCUCUCGACUUAACAGAGAAGCAAAUAGUUGGUCAUGAGUUUGUCUUUAAUACAGGCUACUCAUUCCUUUAUUUUUGCAGUGACAAGCACAGCUGCUAUAUUGUAGACUACUUGUUUUAUAGUCUUUCUUUUCGCCUGAAUCUGAUUGUAAGUCUGACUAUAUCUCACAUCGUAGAACUAUGACCGUUUUCACCAACUGUGCCGUGGUCUUAGAACUAAAGGAUUUGCCUUUCAAGGAAAAGAAGAAAAUUCGUUUGGCCAUUACGGACAACGGAGGCAGCCUCUCCUAUGUGGUCAACAAGCAGUGUAGCUUCAUAGUGGUGAGCAGCCUGGGGAGUCUGAGCAACAACCGGCAGCGGAGCGCCUGGAAGCACCAUGUGCCGGUGGUGGGGCUCCAGUACGUGCAGGCCUGCCUGGAGCAGAAGGCCCUCCUGCCGGCCCUAGAGCACGUCCUGGUCCCUGUGACCCACCCAGCACCAACCAUUCAGCCAGUGAGACUGCUGACUGCUGAGGAGAAGUUCAAAGGUCAAGAUCCACCACAGAUAAAGAUAGUAAAAAAUCAGGUCAAGGAUGACUCCAACUGUGUUUACAACCAUCGAAUCUACUGUGAGCGUGACAGAGACCUCCCCACGUACCCCUCUAACUUCCAGGUGGCCAAGUACUCCAUCCAUACCACUGCUGCUGGGGGCGGUUGGUGUGUCCUGGAGCUACAGAGUGCUAUAUGGGAGCAGGGUCAUGUGUUCCGGGUUGUGCGCUACAUGAAACAGAGGGUGCUGGAGCGAGACCAGCUGGUGUUGUGCUCCUGCUCUGAGGAUGCUCUGGAGGUGUAUGGGCAGCUGCAGGACAGACUCAGAGCUGACAACUUCCAGCUGCAGAGACGCCUGCCUCCACAGCAUGAGGACAUGGGCUCUCCCAGCCUGAAGCAGCUGCUGCUGGAGGAGGAGCUGAACUGCAGCACUCUGUCACAGGAAGUGGGCGUGUUUGUGGAGCUGGUGUGGACUGAAGCACUGGGGAGUCUGACCAAAGUCCUCAAAGUGCCGGCCCUCAGCAUCAGCCCCAAUGAUGUGAGCCGUGCGGAGGGUUUGCUGCUGCAGGUGCGGAGGUCAGAGGGGGCGGCUGAGAGGAAGGUCCUGCUGGAAGAGCUUCACUCUGUGCUGCCCCACACACUGCCCCAUACCCUCCCUACUGCCAAGCUCACCUCUCAGGCACUGGACCUGUGUCAGGUGCUGAGGGACACGCUGUCUGUGAAUGAGGCGGUGAUGAGGAGCUCCAGUCCCUCCAGUGUGGGGAAGUACAGAGCCCUGGGCUGCAGCAUCGAGAGCCUCCCCCCUCAGAGCCCUGACUACCAGACCGCCACUCAACUGCUGCAGAACCACGACAAGCAGGGGGAGAUUAAGAUUCACCAUGUGUUCCAUGUGCAGCGUGGGGCGGAGCUUCAGAUGUUCAGGGAGGAGCUUGGGAACAUUAAGCCCCUCCUCCACUCCACCAGUCCUGCCAGCUUUGUUGGAAUCCUCUCUCGGGGUCUCCUGCUGCCCCGUGUUGGAGUGGAGCAUCAUGGAGUCCAACGCACAGAUGUGGGGCACCUGGGAGGAGGCAUCUACUUCAGCGACUCCUUCAGCACCAGUGUGAAGUACUCCAGGCCCGGUGUGACGGACGGCUCACGCCUGCUGCUGGUGUGUGAGGUGGCGCUGGGAUACUGUAGAGAGUUCCGGAAGAAGGACACCACCCUGACCAUCGCUCCUGAGGGCUACGACAGCGUCCAUGGGGUCCGCAGCACCCCCAGACAACACUCUGAAUUUGAGGACGAUGAGUACGUGGUGUUCAGCCCUGACCAGGGGCUGAAGUAUGUGGUCCAGUACACACUGCCAGACGACCAGCUCAAGGACUUCCAGCCGUCUGUUGACACGUCUGUGGAAAACAUCCCUCCAGCAGGAACUUCUGACACAUUGGGCAGUGAGGACAGUGCGGGGUUUGAGGACGUUAAGAACCCGCUGGACAGCGUGACUGCUGGUCUCCUGGACAGCGCUGGACAGACACUCCCCCUGCAGGCCGUCCAUGUGAAGUGCAAGCUGGUGGAUCUGCUGUCUCAGGUCAUCAUCUUCCAGACGUACUCCAACCCGAACCCCACCCCCAUCGAGGCCAAGUAUGUUUUCCCCCUGGAAGAGUCUGCUGCUGUGUGUGGCUUUGAGGCCUUCAUCAACGGGAAGCACGUGAUCGGACAGGUGAAGGAGAAGGAGCAGGCCCGUAAGGAGUACAAGCAGGCCAUAGAGAUGGGCCACGGGGCUUACCUCAUGGACCAGGAGGCUCCUGAUGUGUUCACCAUCAGUGUGGGGAAUCUUCCACCUGGUGCCACCGUCCUCAUCAAGGUCACCUUCAUCUCUGAGCUGCUGGUGAAGGCUGACUCAAUCUUCUUCCAGUUGCCUGGCAGCGUGGCACCAUGGCAACAAAGUGCUGCGCUCAAUGAGAGGACACAGGGUACUGUGGAGAAGGUGUGUGUGAGUGAACUCAAUGGGGUCUUCUCUCUCAGUCUGUCCAUUGAGAUGCCUUAUGAGAUCAUCAAUCUGCACUGUGAUACACACCGUAUUCAGACCAAGAGAACGGACUGUAAGGCGGUGGUUAGCACGUUGCCCGGGGAGACACUUGGUUCUGACGGGUUCCACCUCUACAUCACUCUGUCUGAGAUGCACAUGCCCCGCAUGUGGGUGGAGAACCACCCUGAUAAGGACAGCCAGGCCUGUAUGCUGGUGUUCUACCCGAUUUCGGGGCCCCCAUGGGGCGGAGAGGAGCCCAGCCCUGGUCCUGCUGGUGCUGCUGGUCCUGGGGGCCGUGGGGUGCAGGAGGUGCUGCUCCUGCUGGACUGCUCUGAGUCCAUGCGGGGGGAGGCCCUGCUGAACGCACGGCACAUCGCCCUGCACCUCCUGAGCAAAUUGGACAAGAAACUCAAGAUCAACAUUGUGCUGUUUGGGACAGAUCAUAAGGAUGCCUUCAUGUUCUCCAAAGUUCUAGGGGAUGCAUAUGAACCAGCCAAGAAGUUCAUCAAGACCUCCCCACCAGUUGGGGGCAGCACUGAGCUGUGGCGGCCCCUGCGCAGCCUGAGUCUGCUGCCUCCAUCCCGGGGCAGCAGGAGCCUGGUGCUGCUGUCUGACGGCCAUGUGCAAAACCCCACCCUCACCCUGCAGCUGGUCCGCAACAACGCUGCACAUACGCGUCUCUUCACCUGCGGCCUCAGUAAAACGUCCAACAGACACAUGCUUCGUGCUCUUGCCCAAGCAGGUGGUGGAGCCUGUGAGUUCUUUGACACAAAGACCCAACACACAUGGUCAGAGAAGGUGGCGUCGCAGGUGAGGCGCUUGGCGUCUCCAGGCUGCGGCUCGGUGGUGGUGAAGUGGCAGCUGUUCAGCCCAGCAGCGCCCCCUCCUGUUCAGGCCCCUGCACAGGUCCACGCCCUCUUCAGCAACUGCCACACCUUGGUCUACGGCUUCGUACCCCACUGCACACAGGCCACUCUCUAUGGGGACCUGUGUGGCCAGGAGAUUAAGACCAUGGUGUCCACCACAGAACUGCAGAAGACUAAGGGCACGUUCCUUCACAAGCUCACAGCAAGAGCAGUCAUUAGAGAUUAUGAGGAUGGCAUUCUUCACAUGGAUGAAGCUGAACAUGAGGGGAAGAAAGCGCAGACGAAGUCCUUCAUCGUGGAGCUCAGCAAAGAGUUCUCCGUCCUCUCCCAGUUCACCAGCUUUGUGGCCAUCGAGGAGAGGGAUGCACAGAAGUCUGAUGAGGGCUUCACAGACAUCCCCAAACUGAUUGCAGAGGAGGACGUGGACCUGCUGCCCUAUAUGGGCUGGGAAGAUGAAGAGGAGAGACUGAAGGAGGAAGAGGAGGAUCUUGGUUAUUUGUGCGGUCCCUGCUCAUCGAGUUCUGAAGAGGAAGAGUCUCACGAUGAUAUGAUGCACUCUGUUUCUGAUUUGGAGGAAGAUAUGGGCUUUGGGCUUUUUGAAGAAGAAGAGAUUCAUGGCGGUAUUGUGGCGCAGGAAGUUAUUUCAUCUCCCCCUUUCCCCUCAGAAUUGCAGAGGAGUUUACGCAUUCAAGGUGAUGCUCUGCGAGUGGAUAGAAGCCAGACUCGUGCUCGUGCUCGUGCUCGUGCUUGUCCCCGUGGUAAGGGCAUAAUAGAUGACCAUGCAGAAGAAGCAGGCACUCCCGGACAUGCUGAUGCUGCCCCGGCCCCUCCUCCCUCGAAUGCCCUCCCCCUUCUCGGAUUCCUGCCCUCUCAAUCCAUACCCUCUGGCCCUCUCUUCUCUGCCCAUGCCCCUCCUCCUGCUGUUCGUCGCCUCUCCCAGAGGGCUUCAGGCUACGCAGCGUUUGGUUCCUCCUCACGAUCUGUGCCCCCUCCACAGCCCUUUCUGCAGCAGCAGUGGAUGAACCAGAUGUCACGUGCUUUUGGCCGUGCUACCUUUGGCGGUGCUCCCUUCUCUGUUGGCUUUGGUUUUUCCUCAGCGUCUCACCCCCCUCCACCUCCACCUCCACCUCCCCCUCCCACCACCCAGGGCUUCACCCUCGAUGCUGAACACUUUGUUGGCUUUGGUCCCGGCGUUCAGUGCCCCCCCCUAGGUGCUGGGCCCCCUCGGGGUUUCGGGGGCUCCGGUCCUCCUCCUGUCUCCGAUUGCCUCUUCAGUGCUCCAGGCUCUGUCAUGGCUGAUCUUUUUCCACCUGCCCUGUCUUCUGUUACUCUUGCCCCUCUCCCUGUCUGUGGAGAUGCACAUGUAGGCCCACUUGGAGAGGACAUUGGGACCUGGAGACUCAGCAAACUCAUAUCAUUGGGCGUAGAGAAGGCUCCUGACUCUGACGUGGCAGUGGAAGGGGGGGAGGUCCUUCUGUCCCCGCCAGCAGGCGCACCAGAUCGAGACGACUCUCAGGCCUCAGGCUCACGUUUGGGCAGGAGCCGUAGAUUUCCACCAAAAAAGCGGGCAAUAGAGGUCCUCCGAGCUGAAGAUGCAGGUAGACGUCAAAGGCAGGGCAGAAGGCUCAGCCCCAGUGCAUCAUGGGAACAGCUGGCAUGUCACCAGAACCCUGAGGGCUACUGGGAAUGCUCUGCUGAACUGGGAUUGCUCCUGGGUAUGGAUCUGAACUUCUUUGCCAACGUUUUUCUAAAAGAAAAGGGCAUCUCUUCUCUGGGCCCCAAGGCCCAGGCUGCCAUCCUGAGGCUGGUGUCCACCCUGCUGGUCCUGCAGCUGGUGCGCGUCAGGAAGCUGGUCCAGGGAGAGCUGCUGCAGUCUCUGUUCCGCCUCAGAGACCCUCCUCAACACAGCUCUUCCGAGUGGGAGGCCCUGAAGCAGGCGGUGGACUGGGUGCGCUGGGCAGACAGGCAGUACCCGUGCGUGUGCAGCCGGCUGGAGUUCGGCCGCGACUGGGAGUCGUCCACACGACAGCUACUGGGAUUCGACCGCCCACACCCCCUCUCUCCCCUCAACCCUCUGCUGGAAAGGAGCAGAACCAUACUAGCCUGCUAGAAACACACACACACACACACACACACACACACACACACCGUCCAUACUGGCCUGUUGUCUGUUUGAUUUUAAUCAGUCUUCUAAAUCGUCUGUUAACCACUGGGGAGUGUCUGAAAUUGUUGAAUAAUAAAAAGCCAAUGUUGCAGUUAAAGUGUGAUACAGGAUAUAAUUUUAUUCCAAGUUUUACAUUGACAGUAUCUUAAAAAAUAUUAUAAUAAGGGGUUAUAAUAUGGCUAAUAGAUUUAUUUCCCCUGCUGCCUGCUUUCACUGGGGAUAUAGAAAUGCAAAAAAAAAACAAAUAGGCAAUCAGACAAAUACAACAAAGUAUUGUAUUUGCAUUAUUUAUUAUUUAAACAUUAUUUAUUAUCUUGAUCAGUGCAAAUUCUUCAGCAGACACUUUUAUCUAAAUGACUACAGUAUAUAGCAAAGAUAUUCUACUUCGUUGAAGAUGGCUGCACUUGGCUUGAAGAAUGUGCUCGUAUCGCUCCCUUUGAAUACAUGCCGUGACCUCUGUCUGUACGUCUGUGCUGAACAGCGAUGUAUCAUUAGAUCAGUGUAUAUCAGAUUGAUGGAAAACCAUGCCAAUUUUCACCGAAUAGUUUAUCAAGUAGAAGUAUGUCUUUAGUAUGAUAUGUAUUAAUCAUGAUCAAAGCCUGUGAGCCGAUUUAAAAAAAAUACAUUUACAUUUUAUUAAUGUGCAAAAGUCAAAGCUCUUUCCUUGAAUAUAAGUAAAUAAAUAACUGUCAGUAAGUA